GAGGAGGAGAGGCCUGUCUUUCUUCGUAAAACAACUUCAGCACCAACAAUUUAUAACCAAAAUUCCGAUGCAUAUGUAUCAUCUUCAGCUUCUACUGAAACUUUGAAAACAUUACCCUUGUUUCCCUCUUACUCGGGAAAUUCGCAAACAGUGAAUUAUGCAGAUGCAAACAUAUAUCUUCGACGAUACAUUAAACUAUUAACUCUAGUCUUUGAUGAUUGUUCAUUUGUGAGCGUCGAUGGUGGAAUGACAAAUACUGAAGUGGAGGCUCAGGUAUCAAUAUAUCGUGACGUGUUAUCAUUAUAUCGAGCAAUUAUUGGGGAUGGCCCUAUCGAACUCGAGAAUGAGACAUGGGAAACAUUAUUGGUAUGUCUAUUAGAGAUCCAACAAAAGACUAUGAAUCAAAGUGAAAAAUACGGACCUAUACCAUCUGUACAUCUUGCGCACGAAUUCGCAGACUAUUUAGUUGAAGUAGGUUAUUCUUGA